AUGCGUCAAACACCGACAUGGCCGAUGAUGCCGGCUGAUCCACGGUUAAGCUCUCUGGGGCCCCGCACCGUUGAUUGUGGCUCAUUGAUCGAGAUGAGGCAGUGGCUUUCAGGGGCUCUCGCACAAAGAUAUUGCCACCAAUUCAACCAAAGAGACUUUCGCCGCCCAAACUCACCGUAG